CUAAUAUCGAUUUUCUAGUGUAAGAAUUGUUCAUUUUUCUCAACACAGUUAGAUGAGGCCUAAAAUCCAACUUAGGGUUGUGAGAGAUCAAAUAGAAUAUUUAGAGGACUAUCUACACAAAACUGAGCCAGCUGUUGGAAUUUUAAAGGAUGCGAUAUCACAAAGCAAAGCGUGGCUAGAAGAUGAGAACUUUCCAACAAGUUACACAGAAAUAUCUCAUCAACUUGAAAUGGCUACGUCAGUUGUUUUGGAGCAUAAGUCAAAUAUUUUAAGCCAUGAAAGGGAAGAGACAUAUGACGAACAAAGCAAAUCAACAACCAAGGCAGAAACACAGGGCACUGAGAAACACUUUCCUUCAAUGAACGAGUUCGAAAAACAAGUUCAACAAAGCACAGCUGAUUUAAGUGACAAACUAGAGCAGAGAGUAGAACGUCUUGAAACAACGCUAACUUUUCUGAAAGUUGGAAUAAAAAAAACUGAAGAUGAUGUGACCGAAAUAAAACAAUGGAGCGAAACGUAUACAACAGAACAAAUUGAAAUAAGGAAACAAAUAGAACACUUGGCUAUAAAACAAAAACAUAAUUCUAUGCAAUGCAUAAAGCAAAUUAACGAACAGAAAAGUAUAACGGAUAAAAUGAACGAAGAAUUAAAACAAUUAAAUGAAAUAAAACAAUGGAGAAAAACACUUAUAUCAGAACAUAACACUCUGGCGAGAAAACUUGAAGAAUUGUCUCAGCAAGAAACAGAUAAUAAAGAAAAGAUUAUAGAGCAAAUAAAAGAAUCCAAAACCAGAAUAAAUGAGUUGAAUAAAGAAAUUAAGACACUAAAAGAAAAACAACCAAACGCAAGCCAAGCACACGAAAGCACGAAUAACGAGAUGAAAAAUGUUGACAUUAUAUUGAAAAAAAUAAAUGAAGAAUUAAAAACUCACACAAAAAGCAUAGAGAAAUUAAAUCAAGAUAUUAAACAUCAUCACAGCGUCAUUUCUCACUUGAGGGAAGAAGGAAACAAAAACGAAAAUACGAAAACUGAAGUAGAAAAGUUAAUUUCAAUGCUGAAAGAAAAAGAAUCUGCAUUGACACGUUACCAACCCUUUGUUUCCCUGGAUGUUGCCAGCAUUCCGGAUAAAUUACAAAAUGAAUUCUAA